GCCGCGGGGCAUGAGGAGGAUCGGCGGCAUGGCGGGGGAGCCGGGGCUCGGGCUGGCGCUGCGGGCCGUGACCGAGCGGGUGCAGCAGGCGGCGGCGCGGAGGCCGCAGGACCUCCCUGCCGUCCAGCCCCGGCUAGUGGCUGUCAGUAAAACCAAGCCCGCUGAUAUGGUGAUUGAGGCCUAUAUUCAUGGACAACGCAGCUUUGGGGAAAACUACGUUCAGGAGCUGUUAGAAAAGGCAUCUAAUGCUAAAAUCCUGUCAUCUUGUCCUGAGAUUAAAUGGCAUUUUAUUGGCCACCUGCAAAAGCACAACGUCAACAAACUGAUCACCGUCCCUAACCUCUUCAUGCUGGAAACAGUGGAUUCUGUGAAGUUGGCCGAUAGAGUGAACAGCUCCUGGCAGAAGAAAGGCUCACCUGAGAGGUUGAAGGUCAUGGUGCAGGUUAACACCAGUGGAGAAGAGAGUAAACAUGGUCUUCUGCCUGCCGACACAGUGGCCACAGUGGAGCAUAUAAAUACCAAGUGUCCUAGCCUGGAAUUCGUGGGGCUGAUGACAAUAGGGAGCUUUGGACAUGACCUCAGUCAGGGACCCAACCCGGACUUCCAGAUGCUGGUGUCCCUCCGGAAGGAGCUAUGUGAGAAACUGAACAUGUCCACUGACAGCGUGGAGCUGAGCAUGGGCAUGUCCAUGGAUUUCCAGCAUGCGAUCGAGGUGGGCUCCACAAACGUCCGAAUCGGAAGCACCAUUUUUGGAGAACGAGAUUACGCAAAGAAAUCCGCCGUGGACAAGGCCAUGGACAUGAAAGCCAAAGAGGGAAUGGCGCAGGAACUCUGAGCCAACAAACGAGAAAAGCACCUUUUGCAGGUGCCAACCUGAAAACCUCAUCGCAGGAGACUUAACUAUGCACUAACCCAGAUUUUAAUUUUCAGAUCCCUUUGUUCGAACACUAAAAUGCUCCUCUUUGGGGAAAGGACCUGGCCAGAGGGUGCUAGUGACGAUUGUCUGUGUGGGUGGGAGUCGCCUUCACUUUCGUGCCCCGACUGCAUUAGAGGCUCAUCUAGAGCUGUGCCUCUGGAGCCCCCCAGAUUUGAAGAAUCCAGACUCUGCAGCGGAGAAGGUUCAGAAAUCCGAGCAAGGAAGCCAAAUUUCCUCCAGAAUCCAGCCCAGCAGCACCAACUAAUCAGGAGCAUAUUUUCCAGGCUGACACGUGUUACCUUGAAAACCACGUUCCCUGCUGUCACGUCUACUAAUAGCCUCUCACCUUUCAUGGGGCUUCCAAGGCUUCUCGGUGACUGUGCAUUUAAUAGACUCGCCUGCAGAGCAUCACGCUUCCUGCCUCGGAAGAAGGGAUAGGCGGUUGUUGUCCGCUACUCCUCCUCCCGUCCCAUCCUCCCCGCAAGGAUGACCAAAUGGUCUCUGCACCCUCUCCUUGGGGCAGCUGAUACAGGAUGACACUCAGUGGUUUAAGCCACUCAUCCAAGAAAUGUCUUCAUCCAGACCUGCCCCCGGGGAAGGGCUCUGAUUGGAACUGUGCGCUGGCCCAUCUUUUCCGGAAUUGCAUUAAAACGACUGUUGUGGUUGGCAGUCUUGCAUCUUUUCCCCCUGGAUUAGGCUGCACCCCGUGGGGUGGUAUUUAAGCUCAACAAUAAAUCUUCCAAUCGCAGUGGUUCUUCUGAAAUGGAGAGAAGACCCUUCAGAGCCAAACCAAGAAGCCUGUCAGUGAGGUGUCACUCUCUGGGAUUCAUUUUCCUUGGAGAGCAUUUAGCUGCAUAGACAAAUGCUUGUAGGCAAUUGCUCUCUAAAUCCAAAUUUUCCCCGUCUCCCUAUUUGUCUGCUCAAAAAGAAGAGAGGUAGUGAGUAGAGAAUUACACAGAAAGAGCAUUUGCAGAUUCAUGACAAAAGGCUUCAAGUGUGCAUUGUUUUUUGGGUGUCUCUUUUUAGUGGCUUGUCCCCUCCUUCAUGCAAGCACAGGACUGUUUUAUGAAGUGACUUCCUGAACAUAGUGCUGAAUGUAACUUUUAAUCAGAGUUGUACAGUGUGAUAUUUCAUAGCCUGUUAAAUUAAAAUGUGUUUGAAUAAUACCAUCUGUGCCAAUUACAAAGCAAUUAAAAGAUGUAAUUUUUUUAUGUUCAA